AUGUUUCAUUUUCACUUUUUCUUUCACAUUGUAUUUACUAAUGUCUUAAAUUUAUUCCAUUUUUAUCUCUCGUACUUCACUGGAUAUUUAUUAUUAUUUCUUUUUCUUUUUUUCAUUUCAUCAAUUGUUUGUUUUCUUUUAUUUGAAGUAAUUUUUAUAGUUUUUUUUCAAAUUAAUUUUUUUUCUUUUCAUUUGUUUCCUCUUUUAUUUUCCUUCUUUUUUUUCAUUGUUCCUGUCAUUUUUUCUUCCUCUCUUUCUUUGUCACAAAUUUUCUUACUUUUGAUUUUUUAUCAUUUUCUCCCUUUUUAUCAUUUUCUUUUUCUAUUUGUUUUGCUAUUUCUCUUUCUCUCUCUUUGUCACUCUUUCUAUCUAGUGUUUUAUCAGUCUUUCUUUGUUGCUUUUCACAUUAUUUAUUGCUCUUUCUCUAUUUUAUUAUUUUCUCUUAUAGCUCUCAUUCUUUUUUAUUCUUUUAUUGCUCUCUCACUUUUUCACUUUCACUGCUCAUUUUCUUCUUGUUACUCUCUCUUAUCUAUCUUUACCCUCUUUGACGUUUUUACUGUUUGGAUGCCACCUAAAAGGAGGAAACUUUUGGGACGGCGCACGGCAGCUGCCUCCGCUGCUAGAGCAGCGAGGGCGAGUGAAACCCCUGAACAGACUUCUUUGCGUCUUUCACAGAUGGCCUCGAGCUCAGCUGCUCGCUUAUCCAUGGAAAGUGCCGCUGCGCGGACUGAAAGGUUGGCUUCAGCGGCUUCAACUAUGUCCUCACGCCGCGCCAGGCUUUCAGUUGAAGAACGUUCACUUCAGAAUUCACAGGGCGCAGUCCGCGUGGCUAGCUUGAGGGCUUCACAGUCCCCAGCACAGAAAACCCUUCGUCGUUUGCGUGAUGCCAUCAUCAAAGCUUGCUCCAGGAGUUUAGAAAGCCCCGAACAAACAACUUCACGUCGUCAUAGGAAUACUAGGGCUACAGCCGCCUCUAGAGCUUUGGAACAACCUCAAGAAACUGCUCAUCGUCGCUUUAGAAAUGCCCUAUCCACCGCAUCUGCUAGAGCCCUAGAAAGCCCUGCACAGACCACUGUUCGUCGCGUUAAAAAUGCCCGCUCUACUGCAUCUGCCAGGGUUGCAGAAAACUCUGAAGUACGCCGUCAACAGCUCGAAAACAUUAGCCAAAUUCGAGCUUCUUUGAAUGGCGUAACUUCGCCGUCUGCAUCAUUUUGGUCAAAUGUCGCAUACAAUUAUGACUGCACUGUCAACUAUUCCGCUAGGAGAGACGUACAAAUAGGGGCCAUGGAUAAAGUUUGCACAAGAGAGCCACCUCAGUUCCUACAAAUUUACUUUCUCGCAGACUACAACGAGCAGGUUGAUGUGCGUCUCGGCAUUCUGCCUAGCGAUAUUUCCAUCGGUCCCCGUAGAGACAUUCUGUUCUGUUUACAAGACAUGUUUCACGAAACUAACAGUUACAUCCGAAGCUUAAAGUUUGCGUUGCAAAACAACUCUUUGCCCUCUUUCAGUGUUGUCAUCGAUGCAGACAGACGGCCUCACGGUGAGCAUGAGCGUCGCUUCAAUGCUCCUGUAUGUAAUGAAAUUGCCGCAGUCAUCCACGGUGAGGAGCAUAACAGCCGUGACAUUGUCAUAAAAUACCGGGGCCGUGGUCUGCGCCGCAUCAGUGAAACCCACCGUUCAUACGACUGUCUCCAGUAUCCCCUUCUUUUUCCAUACGGAAGUGAUGGGUACCACUUCAAAAUCCCAAUAUGCCAGGCAAGCAGCGAUUCCAUGUCGACCUCAAAGACAGUCUCCUGUAGGGCUUACUACGCCUUCAUGUUUAUGGUUAGGGAGGGUGAAUUUAACCACUUGUACAAGUGCCGUCAACUAUUUCUUCAAUUCGCUGUUGACAUGGCUGCAAAAAUGGAGUCGGAAAGGUUAGGAUUCAUCAAGUUAAACCAAUCCAAACUUCGAACUGACUCCUACAUUCACCUUCGUGAUGGUCUGCGUUCUGAUGGUGACCCACGCAAUCUCGGCAAACCGUGUAUUUUGCCUUCCUCUUACACUGGUGGCCCUCGAUACAUGCAUGAAAGGACACAAGACGCAAUGACCUAUGUCCGUCAUUGUGGGAGGCCUGAUUUGUUCAUCACGUUCACGUGCAAUCCGAAAUGGGUUGAUAUUACACGCGAACUUUUUCCAGGGCAGCAGUACUCACACCGCCCCUGA